AUGAUAUUCUCCACAGUCCGUGGAAUAGGAUCGUUAUUAAAACCUAGAACUUACAAUACACCAAUAGAUGAAGCCGCCAAGGGAGACACAAAGAUAUUAUCAGUGUCCUGGAACCAAGACUGGAGCGGUUUCAUUGUCGGAACAGAACGUGGCUUCAACGUAUAUAGCUGCAACCCAAUCAAACAAAGCAUAAACCGUGAAACACACAAAUCCGGCUUCAAGAUCGUGGAGAUGCUCUUCCUUUCAAACCUCUUCGCUCUUGUUGGCAACGGUUACAGCAACUCAGAGUAUCCACCUACCAAAGUCUUCAUCUGGAAUGAUCAUACAAACAGCUGUUUCUGUGAACUCGGUUUUAAAUCACACGUUUUGGCGGUGAAACUUAGGAGAGAACACAUUGUGGUUGUCCUUGAAACAAGUGUCUAUGUCUAUAGUUUCAAUAACCUCAAGGUUCUUGCUCUGAUAGAAACCGUUGUGAAUCCUAGAGGGCUUUGUUGCGUCUCUCAAGUUGAGGCUAAAGCAGUCCUGGCUUGUCCCGGGUUACACCCGGGACAAGUUCAGGUCCAUGACUUGAGAAGAAAUAUAGUCAAAAUCAUCAAAGCACAUGAUUCUGAUAUUGUUUGCAUGAGUUUGACUCUUGAUGGAAGUUUGCUAGCUACUGCUAGUACUAAAGGAACUCUUAUCAGGAUCUUUAACUCUCUUGAUGGUACUCUCUUACAAGAGUUUAGAAGAGGCAUGGAGAGAGCAGAGAUUUAUAGCGUUGCAAUCUCUUCUAAUCUGAAAUGGGUAGCUGCUUCAAGUGAGAAAGGGACUCUCCAUGUGUUUCAUCUGAGACCUGACAUUCUUAGUUCACCAAAAAAUAUCAAUCGGUCUUCAUCAUUACCAUUAUUAAGAGGGAUCUUGCCAAUGUAUUCUUACGGCAAUGAACGGUCGUUUGCUCAGUUCUCGUUGCCGGUUUCAACCAAGUUUAUGGUAGGUUUUGGAGUAGAGAACACAGUUCUACUCGUAGGCAUCGAUGGAAGUUUCCGAAGAUGCAGGUUUGAUGAAGGAGGGGAGAUGGUGGAGUUGGAACACAAAUGCUUCUUCUCCUUAACACAAACAGACGACGCAGUGGUUGUGAUGUAA